AGAAUUUUAACAGUUGGAUAAACACUGAUUAGGUUAAACUGAAAAGAAAAACAUUAUUACACAUUGAAUUAUUUGGAGCAAAAUAAAGAUUUUCUAAAAUGAAAGCAAGUUUAUUGGUCCUACUUAUGAUAGCAUACUCAACAUGGAGCUGCUGUAAUGGAGACAACAAUAAUCAUGAUGUUUCAGGAGGCAACUGUGUUAAAAACAACGGAAAAGGCCACUGCUGUAAUGGAGACAACAGUGCAAAGGCCAAUUCAAGGGACAACUGCAACAAAAAUGGAAACAAUUUUGAGCUUCUUUCAUCAUCUGGCAACAAUUACAUACGUAGUAUCUUCUCAGUGGAUAAUGGUGAUUCUUCUCAAACAGGAUUCAGCCCACUUUUUUCUUGUGUUGUUGCACAACUUCAUUUUGUGUCUAAUAAUUUGACCUGGGCUGAUGCACAGAACUACUGCAGGACUAACUACACUGACCUGGUAACUAUUAAAAAAGAAAAUGAAACUCAGUCGCUUUUAAACAUCUCAGGAAAACAAGAAUUUUGGAUCGGGCUGAAACGUUACAAUGACAACUGGCAGUGGUCAAAUAAGGACGAAGUUACAUAUUCAAAGUGGAAAAGAGAUUUCUUCUGCGCUUUUGUCCAGUCUGAUGGCUCCUGGAAUGAUACAUUCUGUCAUGAAAAAUUUUACUUUCAUGUGCUACAAAGAAACAAACAACAUCAGUAGGAGGUAUUUCUGGAUAAAUGAGAGUGUGAUGUGGAGCAGAGCUCAGAACUACUGCCGAGUGAACUACAAAGACCUGGUCAGUAUAAGAAAUGAAAGUGAAA